GCCUAGCGUGGGGCGGGACUUCCGGCGUCCUCCUCCGGGCGGUCAUUUUGGCUGCUCGGGUGUGUUCAAACGGAGAGAAGUUCUGGAACGAUUAGUGGGGCCGACGGGACAAGACCGAGAAAGCGACGGGGCAGUUGUUGUUCCCGUUGCACAAAGGCGACUCUGAGGCUCGGCCGCGGCGCCGCCCGAGAUGAUCCGCACCAGGGCCGGUUUAAGAACCGCCGGCCCGCUCCUGGCCCCGCUCCGCCCACAGGCCUGGAUGGCUGCGGCCGCUCGGAGGGACCCGCCUCAGAUAAAAGCAGUAAGUCCAAUACAUUCUCAGCAAUAGACUUUCUUCUGGACCUUCCUAUGAAGCCAGAGCCACAUGCACCAUCCUGAUCCUGUGUUUUAUUCACUGCUGUGAGAACUACAUUGCCCAGAGGACCCUGAGCCAGCAAAUUCACAUCAGCGUGGAGCCAAUGAAGGUCCAGGACAGGGGCAUUUCCAUGCGUGCCAUUGUUUCAGGGCGGGACUUCCGGCAUUCUCCUAGUGGCAGUCUUUUUCCUACUCAGAGGUUCCACAGCUCUGGGUCUGGUCCAAGGUGACCAAACUAAAGAGGAGACACGACCAAGAGGAAUUGUCCUUGCUGCACAGAGGCGGAUCUGAAGCACUGGGCUCCACCUACAGACUCCGAUGGCGGCAGCGAUGCUGAGGGACCCGCCUCAGGGUAGUGUGACCUUUGAAGACGUGGUUGUGUACUUCUCCUGGGAGGAGUGGGGGCUCCUUGAUGAGGCUCAGAGAUGCCUGUACCAUGAUGUCAUGCUGGAGAACUUUGCACUUGUGACCUCACUGGGUUGUUGGUAUGGAAUGGAGGAUGAGGAGGCAUUUUCCGUGCAGAGUGUUUCUGUAGAACAAAUGUCAGUGGGCAAGACUCCAACUCCAGAUCCAUCCAUUCAGAAGACUCACCCCUGUGAGAAGUGUGUCAUGGCCAGGAGAGACAUUUUGUAUCUGCCUGAGUACCAAGGAUUGCAUCCUGGGCAGAAAUCAUACACCUGUGAGGCAUGUGGAAAACAAUUUUGGUUCAGUCCAAACCGUCACCAGCACCAGAAGCACAAUGAUGAGAAGCCAUUCAAAAGGGACAUAGAUAGGGCCUCAUUUGUGACAAGCUACAGGUUCCAUGUUUCAGGGAAGACUUUCACCUGCGAGGAAGUUGGGAAGGAUUUCCUGGCUAUGUUGAAUCUUCUCCAGCAUCAGGCCACUCUCAAAGGGGCAAAGCCACACAGCAGUUCCAGGUGUGGGGAGUCCUUUCAUAGCGGAAAAAGUCAUUACACGUACAGUGAGUAUGAGAAAUUGUUCAGCUAUGAAUAUACACUUUUUCAGGAUGAGCAACUUCACACUAGAGAAAGUUACUAUGACUGUGAGAAAGCCUUUAACCAAAGCGCCAUCCUUAUUAAUUGCCAGAGACCUGACACAGGAGCAAGGUCUUAUGAGUGCAGUGAAUGUGGGAAAUCCUUUAGCCAAAGCUACAGACUCAUUCAGCACCACAGAAGUCACACUGCAGCAAGGCCUUAUAAGUGCAAUGAAUGUGGAAAAGCCUUCAGCUACAAAUUAAGACUUGUGCAGCACCUACAAAUUCACACUAAAGUGAGGCCUUAUGAGUGUGGCGAAUGUGGGAAGUCCUUUAGCUACAGCUCCACUCUCAUUAAACACCAGAGAGUUCACACUGGAGCGAGGCCUUAUAAAUGUGGUGAGUGUGGGAAUUCCUUUAGCCAAAGCUCCAACCUCAUUCAGCACCAGAAGAUUCACAGUGGAGCAAGGCCUUAUAAAUGCAGUGAAUGUGGAAAAUCCUUCAGCUACAAAUGCAAACUUGUGCAGCACCUGCGAAUUCACACUGGAGAAAGGCCUUAUGAGUGUGGGGAAUGUGGGAAGUCCUUUAGCCACAGCUCCACUCUUAAUCAACACCAGAGAAUUCACACUGGAGCCAGACCAUAUAAGUGUGACGAGUGUGAGAAAUCCUUUAGCCAAAAGUCCAACCUCAUUCAGCACCGGAGAGUACACACAGGAGAAAAGCCUUAUGAGUGUGGGGAAUGUGGGAAGUCCUUUAGUCAAAGCUCCCACAUCAUUCAACACAGAAAACUUCACACCAGAUAACCUCAUGAAUGCAGUGACUGGGAGAAAACCAGUUACAGCCCAUGGUCUGUAAUUCAACAGAAGUUCACAGCCUGGAUAAAUUUUAUUUGUGCAGCAAAGUUGGGAAAACCUUCAUCUAAAGGUCUCUGAGACCUACAGGGAACAUGGGUUUUCAGUGUACUAGAACUAGAGUGUCUUUGUGAGGGAGCCAUCUGCUUGAUGUUGAACCUCAUACAGCUGAGCAUCCAGAGUGGGAAGGUUCUCCAUGAGUUCUAGGUUGGUGGAAAGCUUUUAGGAUCCUCUU